CGUGCGAACGACUCCAAAAUGGUUCACUACCUCCUCGUGUUAACACUUGCAGCGGCUGUCAGCGCCAGAACAGCUAGCACAAACCAAAACAGUCUGGACGAGGGCAGGAGUUCAGAUGACACAGUAUUAGGAGACCUCAAAGUUGCCUAUGAAACAUACAGAGACUGCAGUGGUAGCGAUAUUGGCAGCUGCUUGAAGUUGAAGCUAGCUAAGGCGCUUAACAGGAUCUCAAAGAGUGAUGAAGUCACUCUUCUCGGUGGAGUCACGAUCACAAAAGACAAGAAUGCAGUCGAGAAAGUGCAGGAGGAAGCGAUUCCAAGAAAUCUUGAUGAGAGCUCCUUGGACAACCUCAUUUUGGACAAAAUCGUUGGAUUCAUGCAAACUCAUACCGUCCAGAUCAAAUUCCCCACCGGUUCGGACCUUCAGCGCGCGUUCGACGAAGGUCGUGGAAGGAGGAAGAAACUUGCCCCACUCCUUGCGAUCCCACUUCUCAUCGGUGGAAUGAUCGUACCCCUAGCCUUCGGAGCACUGGCCCUCCUCGCUGGAAAGGCCCUGAUUGUCUCCAAGUUGGCUUUGGUGCUUGCUGGUAUCAUUGGUCUGAAGAAACUUCUCUCCUCAAGUGGAACAGGAGAAGCUCAUGAAGUGGUGGUCUCUGCUGGACAUGGUGGAGCUGGUUGGAGCAGGUCCCUCGAUUCACACGACCUUGCCUACAACGCGUACACCCAAUAAAUCCACCGGAUCAUUAAUUUUAGUGGCGGCAUUAUGAACUAUUAUUUAUUUUAGUUUACAGCAAAAUGCAUAUGCAUUGUUCCAAAGAUAUUUAUAGACUGACAUGGCGUGCAAAGGACAUGAUGAAGUUUCUAAGUUAAAAAGUACCUCAAUUCUCUUUUAUAUAGUCAUAUAAUAUGUAAUAUA